CUUAUAUAAACACCUUGAGAUUAGACAGGCUCCGCAAACUGCAAACCCUUCCAUUGCAACAACCUCCUGUUCUCCAUCACACAGGCAUAGGCAAUAAGUGAUUGAUUGCGUUGGCCACAAUGUCGAAGAAAACUGUUAUCAAAGCUGACCUCAUUGGCAGAGCAUGCAAGAGUGAGAUUUUGGCGAUUGUUGCCACGAUCAAGGGGAUCAAGUCCAUGGACAUUGAUGCGGAGAAGUGCACGCUGACGGUGGUCGGGAUCGUCGACCCGGUGCGCAUCGUGCGCAAGCUGAGGAAGAAGUGCUUCUCCGCGUGCAUCGUCUCUGUGGAGGACGACAAGCCCAAGGAGGAGGAGAAGAAGGACCCCUGCAAGGAGGCCAAGGAGAAAUUGGAGAAGGCUUGGAAGGAGUACUGCGAGAAGUGCAACGUCAAGCUCAAGCCAGGCUGCCCCUGCUCCUGCUCUACCCCCUGCUCGUUCCCUCCCAUCGGCUGCCACGACCGCGGCAUUUGCCCACCACCUUGCCCGCCACCUUGCCCGCUACCUUGCCCACCACCUUGCCCACUACCUUGCCCACCACCUUGCCCGCCACGGGGGUAUGGCUAUGGCUGCUACUAUGAGGAGAGAUAUCCCGGGGGAGAAUGUGUCAUCCAGUAACCAGGACCUGCAAGCAAACUCUGAAGGAGAAUGAUUGGUUUAUAACAGAAAGUUAUGUCACUGUAUAUGGAUUCCAAAUGUACUUUUCAGUUCUUGCUUCACAGAUUUGAUCCCAACCUUUUUUAUGAUGCAUAUGUUAUAUUUGGUUAGUUUGUUCCUCCUUUUCCUCUGAAAACAAAAUGGAUUCUCCAUGGUUGAUUCAUA